AUGGAGAACAGCGAGAUCAAGCACUUUGUACUUGUACAUGGAGCCUGCCAUGGAGCAUGGUGUUGGUAUAAGGUGGCAAGUUUGUUGAAAUUCUCAGGUCAUAAGGUCACAGUCCUGGACCUAGCUGCUUCUGGGAUCCACCCAAAGCAGGUGCAUGAAGUAAAGUCAUUUUCGGAAUACGUCGAGCCUUUGAUGGAAUUCAUGGCGUCUCCGCCAUUAAUGGAGGAAAGGGUGGUACUUGUCGGCCACAGCUAUGGAGGUCUCUGCAUAUCUGUUGCCAUGGAAAAGUUCCCCGAGAGAGUCUCUGUUGCAGUGUACGCCGCUGCCUUUAUGCCUAGUCCCGACUUGAGAGAGUCUCUGUUACAGGAG